AUGUGGAGACCAUUUGCUUCUAAAUUUGCUACACAUUCCUUUGACAAUUAUUCACAUAACCUCGAUAGAGCGGAAACAGCGCCUUUAACAACUAUUAAAAGUAAAAAACAAGACGUCAUUUUGGACAUGCUAUUCCCUUUCAGGCAAAAAAAAGAAAAAUCUGCUGAAAGAGCUCAAAAAUUAGGAGAGCUCCAAGAGAAGGUCAAAAAGCAGAGACUCUUAAUCAAGAAAAAAGAUUUAUUAUAUAAGCAAAGGAAAGAGUCAAUAAUAAAAAAUCAAAUUGAGAGUUUGAGCCUAGAAAAAGAGCAAAGAAAAAAUGCUAUGAUCAAGAUCAGAGCAUUUGCUACUUCUACACCUAAAGUAAGAAAAAGAAGCAUAUCCCCUGUAUCUAAAUCUUUGAGUCCUAUAGCCAAAAAUGAUGAUAUGUCCAAUUUAUUUUUUUUAACAGACAUUAAUAAUACCCACAAUAAUGUUCACUUCUCGACCCCAAACCGAGUCAAGAGAAAACAAUCUUUACCUCCAAUUAAAAAUAAACAAUUUAUAUCUCUCAAAAAUUAUCAAGAAAAGCUUUUGAAGAGACUUGAAUCCAAAACACCAACUUACUUAAAAAAACUAAAAAGUGAAUUUGAUAAAAUUAGAGAAGAGCAUGAUUUAACGUUUGCUGAAUACCAAGAAAAAAAGAGAUUGAGAAGGCAUUCAGCUUUUCCUGUGAUUCGGUUCAAAUCUCCACUAUAA